AUGAGGAACAGCGAGGAGGCGGAGGGGUUUGAUGGCGAGGCCUCCAACACUUCCAUGAUCUCCGGAGCAAGUAGCCCAUACCAGCCCACCACCGAGCCCGUACACUCAAGGAAUGUUUUGGGUGGCAUUAGGUGUGACUUUGAAUACCUGAAGUCACACUUUGGCAUAUUAAAGGCCGUUGAAGUGGUAAGUUAAAUAAUUAAGUCAAAUCAUUCAACAGACUGCAUGACUAGGCUACUGAAAAGUGUUAAAGAUGUGCAUGUGAAAACGCUUCAUUGAAUGAUGUGUGUUGUAGCCUACAGUGUUUGCAUUUGUAUGUGUGUAGCCUGUGCUUGUCUGUUUUUGAUAGAUGACCUGUCUCUUUAGGCAUAGUGACAUAGUAGUAGCCCAGUUUGCAUGUGGCUCACCCCACAGUCCACUCUGCUACACUUUCACAUUUUUUCAAAUCAAAUUUUGUCACAUGCGCCGAAUACAACUGGUUUAAGACUUUACCGGUGGAAAUGCUUGCUGACGAGCCUUUCCCAACAAUGCAGAGUUAAAAAAAUAACAUACACAAGAAUGGCGCUAUAUACAGGGAGUAACAGUACCAUAUGUGCAGAGGUAUUUGAGGUAGAUAUGUACAUGGAGUCAGUACAUGAUUUUGCAAUGGAAGUAGCCCAAAUAAUGACAAAUUCCUCUACUAGAAAGAAUUCCAUAUCAACCAGUUAUAACAAUUUGUAUGACUAUUGUUUAUUUUCAAGAAAUCAGCAACAUUUCUCUCAGCAGUUUACAGGAAGGGGAAACAGCAUAGUUUAAUGUGGGGUUUGAGCCAAUACACCUAAAACCAGAUGUCUAGGAGGGAGAAAACACAACAACAAAGGAAGAUGAUGCCUCCCAAAGCUAUGAUAAUUCAGCUGCAGAGGAAACGUCUCCGCCAGAGUUUUGUCCCCUCUAUUGGUGCCAAACUGCUCAGUCAGAGAUGGUGCUCUCACAUAGCCUACAGAUGAAGCACUGUAUCCACAGUGGGCGAAAAUCAGUGGAACUAAGGAAGUAAUUAAGUGCAUACAGUGCCAAGGGAAACAACCUGACCCCCCUACCCAAAAGAUGCCAUGUUCGAAUAGUGCUUCAUUAGCAGUUAUAGAACGUUAUUUGGCUUUUGUUGCACUGUACAGCGGUCAAAACAUACACACACUGACUCUUUAAAUGAACUCAUUGUACAAAGAAUUUUGAUGUUCAGAGGAUUCACCAGAUUCAAAGCCAGAAAAGGCACAGUACCAGUCUGACAAGGGUUAGGCCCCAUGUAGCUCAGUUGGUAGAGCAUGGCGCUUGCAACGCCAGGGUUGUGGGUUCGAUUCCCACGGGGGGGCCAGUAUGAAAUAAAAUAAAAAAUGUAUGCACUCACUAACUGUAAGUUGCUCUGGAUAAGAGUGUGUGCUAAAUGACUGAAAUGUAAAAUGAGAACAGACACCGGAGAUAUUUGUAUUUGAGAAAGACAUCUGUAGCCUGCGUGUAAAGUCUGUGCUGAGAGCAACUCUCUGUGCCCAGGUGGACGUUCACUGCUUGGUCAGAUGAGACUGACAAAAAUAAGCAUGUAAUAACAAUAAUAAUCAUAGUUGGAGAAAGCUGACCAACUAAAGGUUACAUAAAAACAAACAAAACACUGGUUCGGUUAUUUCUAAUUGUACUAUUUCACUGUAGAUCCCCCAGCCCAGCUAAACCUGCCUUAGAUAGCUCCUUUGUCCCACCCCCCAUACACGCGGAGACCGACUCAAUUGGUGCCUCCAGUGAUGCUAUCUCUUUCAUUGUUACCCAACGCUUAGGUUUACCUCCACUUUACUCAUAUCCUUCCAUAUCCUUGUCUGUACAUAAUGCCCUGAAUCUUUUCUACAACGCCCGGAAAUCUGCCCCCUUUAUUCUAUGUACCCAACGCACUAGAAGACCAGUUCUUAAAGCCUUUAGCCGUAUCCUUAUUCUAGUCCUCCUCUGUUCCUCUGGUGAUGUAGAGGCUAACCCAGGCCCUGCAGCCCUCAGUAUCACUCCUACUCCCCAGGCGCUAUCAUUUGCUGACUUCUGUAAUCGCAAAAGUCUUGGUUUCUUGCAUGUAAAUAUCAGAAGUCUACUUCCUAAGUUUGAGUUAUUCACUGCGUUAGCACACUCCGCCAACCCUGAUGUUCUAGCAGUGUCUGAAUCCUGGCUUAGGAAGGCCACCAAAAAUUCUGAAAUGUCCAUCCCCAACUACAACAUCUUCCGUCUAGAUAGAACUGCCAAAGGGGGUGGAGUUGCAAUCUACUGUAGAGAGCCUGCAGAGCUCUAUCAUACUAUCCAGGUCUGUGCCCAAACAGUUUGAGCUUCUACUUCUAAAAAUCCACCUUUCCAGAAAUAAGUCUCUCACUGUUGCCGCUUGCUACAGACCCCCCUCAGCCCCCAGCUGUGCCCUGGACACCAUAUGUGAAUUGAUUGUCCCCCAUUUAUCCUCAGAGUUCGUACUGCUUGGUGACCUAAAUUGGGAUAUGCUUAACACCCCGGCCAUCCUACAAUCCAAACUAGAUGCCCUCAAUCUCACACAAAUGAUCAACGAACCUACCACGUACAACCCUAAAUCCGUAAACAUGGGUACCCUCAUAGAUAUCAUCCUGACUAACUUACCCUCUAAAUACACCUCCGCUGUCUUCAACCAGGAUCUCAGCGAUCACUGCCUUAUUGCCUGCGUCCGUAACGGGUCCGCGGUCAAAAGACCACCCCUCAUCACUGUCAAACGCUCCCUAAAACACUUUAGGGAGCAGGCCUUCCUAAUUGACCUGGCCCAGGUAUCCUGGAUAGAUAUAGAUCUCAUUCCGUCAGUAGAGGAUGCCUGGUUGUUCUUUAAAAGUAAUUUCUCAAUCUUAAAUAAACAUGCCCCAUUCAAAAAAUACAGAACUAAGAACAGAUCUAGCCCCUGGUUCUCCUCAGACUUGACUGCCCUUGACCAGCACAAAAGCAUCCUGUGGCAUACUGCAUUAGCAUCAAAUAGCCCCCGCGAUAUGCAACUUUUCAGGGAAGUUAGGAACCAAUAUACACAAGCAGUCAGGAAAGCAAAGGCUAACUUUUUCAAACAGAAAUUUGCAUCCUGUAGCACUAACUCCAAAAAGUUUUGGGACACUGUAAAGUCCAUGGAGAAUAAGAGCACUUCCUCCCAGCUGCCCACUGCACAUGAGGCUAGGAAACACUAUCACCAUCUACAAUAAUCGAGAAUUUCAACAAGCAUUUUGCUACGGCUGGCCAUGCUUUCCACCUGGCUACCACUACCCCGGCCACCAACUCUGCACCCUCCGCUGCAACUUGCCCAUGCCCCCCCCCCCCCCCCCCCCCCCCCUUCUCCUUCACUCAAAUUCAGACAGCUGAUGUUCUGAAAGAGCUGCAAAAUCUGGACCCCUACAAAUCAGCUGGGCUAGACAAUCUGGACCCUUUCUAAAACUAGCCGCCGAAAUUGUCGCAACCCCUAUUACUAGCCUGUUCAACCUCUCUUUCGUAACGUCUGAGAUCCCCAGAGAUUGGAAAGCUGCCGCGGUCAUCCCCCUCUUCAAAGGGGGUGACACUCUAGAUCCAAACUGCUACAGACCUAUAUCCAUCCUGCCCUGCCUUUCGAAAGUAUUUGAAAGCCAAGUUAACAAACAGAUCACCGACCAUUUCGAAUCCCACCGUACCUUCUCCGCUAUGCAAUCCGGUUUCCGAGCUGGUCAUGGGUGCACUUCAGCCACGCUCAAGGUCCUAAACGAUAUUAUAACCGCAAUCGAUAAUAGACAGUGCUGUGCAGCCGUCUUCAUCGACCUGGCCAAGGCUUUCGACUCUGUCAACCACCGCAUUCUUAUUGGCAGACUAAAUAGCCUUGGUUUCUCAAAUGACUGCCUCGCCUGGUUCACCAACUACUUCUCAGAUAGAGUUCAAUGUGUCAAAUCGGAGGGCCUGUUGUCUGGACCUAUGGCAGUCUCUAUGGGGGUGCCACAGGGUUCAAUUCUUGGGCCGACUCUUUUCUCUGUGUAUAUCAAUGAUGUCGCUCUUGCUGCUGGUGACUCUCAGAUCCACCUCUACGCAGACGACACCAUUUUGUAUACAUCUGGCCCUUCAUUGGACACUGUGUUAACAAACCUCCAAACGAGCUUCAAUGCCAUACAACACUCCUUCAGUAGCCUCCAACUGCUCUUAAACACUAGUAAAACUAAAUGCAUGCUCUUCAAUCGAACGCUGCUGGCACCCGCCCACCCGACUAGGAUCACCACUCUCGACGGGUCUGACCUAGAGUAUGUGGACAACUGCAAAUACCUAGGUGUCUGGUUAGACUGUAAACUCUCCUUCCAGACUCACAUUAAGAAUCUCCAAUCCAAAGUUAAAUCUAGAAUCGGCUUCCUAUUUCGCAACAAAGCCUCCUUCACUCAUGCUGCCAAACAUGCCCUAAAACUGACUAUCCUACCGAUCCUUGACUUCGGCGAUGUCAUUUACAAAAUAGCCUCCAACACUCUACUCAGCAAAUUGGAUGUAGUCUAUCACAGUGCCAUCCGUUUUGUCUCCAAAGCCCCAUACACUACCCACCACUGUGACCUGUACGCUCUUGUUGGCUGGUCCUCACUACAUGUUCGUCGUCAAACCCACUGGCUCCAGGCCAUCAAUAAAUCACUGCUAGGCAAAUCCCCGCCUUAUCUUAGCUCAUUGGUCACCAUAGCAGCACCCACCCGUAGUCUGCGCUCCAGCAGGUAUAUCUCACUGGUCAUUCCCAAAGCUAACACCUCCUUUGGCCGCCAUUCUCUGCUGCCAAUGACUGGAACGAAUUGCAAAAAUCUCUGAAGCUGGAGACUCUUAUCUCCCUCACUAACUUUAAGCAUCAGUUGUCAGAGCACCUUACCGAUCACUGCACCUGUACACAGCCCAUCUGAAAUUAGCCCACCCAACUACCUUAUCCUAUAUUGUAUUAUUUUGCUCUUUUGCACCCCAGUAUCUCUAUUGCACAUAAUCUCUUGCACAUCUAGCAUUCAGUGUUAAUACUAAUUGUAAUUAUUUGCACUAUAGCCUAUUUAUUGCCUUACCUCCAUAACUUGCUACAUUUGCACACACUGUAUAUAUAUUUCUGUUGUAUUUUUUGACUUUAUGUUUUUUUACCCCAUAUGUAACUCUGUGUUGUUGUUUUUAUCACACUGCUUUGCUUUAUCUUGUUCAUGCCAGUCUAAUUCAAUACUUGCACUGGGCAGGACAUCUGAAUGUCAUUAUCUCACAAAAAAAAAAAAAAAAAUACAUAUUGUAAAGUGUUUAUCCCACUGGCUAUAAGGUGAAUGCACCAAUUUGUAAGUCGCUCUGGAUAAGAGCGUCUGUUAAAUGAUGUAAAUGUAAUGUAAAUGUUAUCUCACCUUCACCAUGUCUGCCAACCAAGCCCUGUUGGCUUUAUGGAUCUAGUCACUGUAUGCUUUCUCUGUAAAGGGGUUUCUUUUGAACGAUAGUACAGAGGAGUUGAUAACACAUUCCUUACAUUUACUCACGACAGCUCAAUCAGGAAAUAUGCUCAAGGUUGACCAUAAUAGUUUUACAAUAGCAGAGCUCCCAUAUGUAGGCCCGGUUUGACUGUCAGUUGACCUUGGAGUGUAUGUAUGCCACAGCCUUUUCCACUGCCGCUGGACAAUGAUUGACUGACUUGAAGGGCCUCACAGGGAACUGCUAAGGUCUUGUGUUUGACUAUUUAAUCCCCAAAACACAACUCAUUGUACCUCAUCUGCAAAUGGGCCCAGUUUUUCCCUGAACGAGAGCACUCUCAAUGUUAAUGGAUCAUUCCAGUUCAAUCUGCAUUAAUUCAAAGUUGUUGAUUGAUAUUGUUGAACUAAAUUAAACUAGUGAUAAUGGACUAAAGUAUAGUUUAAAGGGAGGGUUGAUGAUAAGAUAUCCUUCUCUCUUAGGCUAUUCACUAUUAAGUUACAUAAAAUCACUUACGAUUUCAGCUAUAAAUCAAAAAGCAUAAUGGUGGGCUAGUAAAGAUGAAUGUUCGGUGCUAACCUUGCUGGUCUAAUCGUGAGGGUUGUGUGUGUAGUAUAUGUCACAUUAGUUGAGUUGAAACCCUCCUCCCGGCAGCACAUUUACCUCUCCUAAGGACUUUAGUAUGAGAACUGUUCCUACAGCCACACCCUCUUGGUCUCUGGUCCCAUAGAGGUUGUUGUUACAUAAACACUCUGAAGGCAUGAGGUUGACCUGGUGUUACUGGGAUAAGCAGUAGCCCCAGAAGACUGGUGCGAUCACCUUCAGAGACCCUUUCUUUGUGUCAGUCUAUGAUGAAACUUUACAUGGGUGUGAAAAGUCUCGUGACAGCAGGCUUUUGUGGAUCUCAUCUCCUCUAGGCAUUUCCACAGAGCUCAAGUCAUAAUAAUAAUAAAUAAUAUGCCAUUUAGCAGACGCUUUUAUCCAAAGCGACUUACAGUCAUGUGUGCAUAAAUUUUUACGUAUGGGUGGUCCCGGGGAUCGAACCCACUACCCUGGCGUUACAAUUGCCAUGCUCUACCAAUUGAGCUACAGAGGACCACCUAACCCAAUCAGCUCCAACCCAGUCAGCUCCAACCCAGUCAGCUCCAACCCAGUCAGCUCCAACCCAGUCAGCUCCAACCCAGUCAGCUCCAACCCAGUCAGCUCCAACCCAGUCAGCUCCAACCCAGUCAGCUCUAACCCAAUCAGCUCUAACCCAAUCAGCUCUUACCCAAUCAGCUCUUACCCAAUCAGCUCUUACCCAAUCAGAUUUUGACAGUCCCUCCUUUUUUAGUACUGGUUAUAAUGCAAUUUACACUGUGGCCUUUUAUAAUACCAAGAUAAAACUCCCUUUUCAUCUCUUUUGGAGAGUGUUGCCGUUUGGAUUAAGUUGUUACAUAGCUAUUCAAUUGUGUCAAUGGACCUUGUAAUGUAGAUAUUUUUUUGUGGUGCUUUAACAUGGGGAAGUUAAAUAUUAUUGAAGGCCAUUUUUGUGGGCUGUGUAUGGAGCUAAAUUAAUUUACCAGAUGCUGCUCCGUGUCAGCUAGCACUUCCCAUUCUGGAGAGACUGUGUGUUCUGUUCCAGUGUUUCUCUCAGACUGGUCUUUAACAAACACACAUGAUAGGUGGAGUUUCUGGCUCUACAGACAUAUCUGGGGUCAAGAAACAGGAGAAAAACUUAUUUUCACAAAGGUUACUAUGAGCCAUUUAGGCCAGGAACGAAAUACACAGGACGCCACUGAUCAAAGGCCGUUGGAGUGCAGUCUGUUGUGAUGCCUACCUCAAGACUGGGAUCUGACUCCAAGUGGCCAUUGCAAGCAUCUCACAGUGUACCUAAUCCCACAGAUGAAGAAUGGGAAGCUUUGGAGAAGGGUGGGGGGUUGACAUAUAAUCAUUAGUUACACGCUUACCCAACAUGCAUAGUAACUCCAUCCCCCUCCCCCCUCCCUGUCUGACACCUGCUCCACACUGGGCCUGGGAAGAGCUGCUUUUAUCACGUCUCAGCAAUGACUUCAUCCACUGCAUCCACCCUCCACCCCAGUCUGGACACGUCCAUGUUGUAAUGUCACACUGUGUGCACCUAGACAAACACAGCUCUAAUGGGGUUUCAAUUGGCUGGCAUGGAGAAAUACAGUGGGGGAAAAAAGUAUUUAGUCAGCCACCAAUUGUGCAAGUUCUCCCACUUAAAAAGAUGAGAGAGGCCUGUAAUUUUCAUCAUAGGUACACGUCAACUAUGACAGACGAAAUGAGGAAAAGAAAUCAAGAAAAUCACAUUGUAGGAUUUUUAAUGAAUUUAUUUGCAAAUUAUGGUGGAAAAUAAGUAUUUGGUCAAUAACAAAAGUUUCUCAAUACUUUGUUAUAUACCCUUUGUUGGCAAUGACACAGGUCAAACGUUUUCUGUAAGUCUUCACAAGGUUUUCACACACUGUUGCUGGUAUUUUGGCCCAUUCCUCCAUGCAGAUCUCCUCUAGAGCAGUGAUGUUUUGGGGCUGUCGCUGGGCAACACGGACUUUCAACUCCCUCCAAAGAUUUUCUAUGGGGUUGAGAUCUGGAGACUGGCUAGGCCACUCCAGGACCUUGAAAUGCUUCUUACGAAGCCACUCCUUCGUUGCCCGGGCGGUGUGUUUGGGAUCAUUGUCAUGCUGAAAGACCCAGCCACGUUUCAUCUUCAAUGCCCUUGCUGAUGGAAGGAGGUUUUCACUCAAAAUCUCACGAUACAUGGCCCCAUUCAUUCUUUCCUUUACACGGAUCAGUCAUCCUGGUCCCUUUGCAGAAAAACAGCCCCAAAGCAUGAUGUUUCCACCCCCAUGCAUCACAGUAGGUAUGGUGUUCUUUGGAUGCAACUCAGCAUUCUUUGUCCUCCAAACACGACGAGUUGAGUUUUUACCAAAAACGUAUAUUAUGGUUUCAUCUGACCAUAUGACAUUCUCCCAAUCCUCUUCUGGAUCAUCCAAAGGCACUCUAGCAAACUUCAGACGGGCCUGGACAUGUACUGGCUUAAGCAGGGGGACACGUCUGGCACUGCAGGAUUUGAGUCCCUGGCGGCGUAGUGUGUUACUGAUGGUAGGCUUUGUUACUUUGGUCCCAGCUCUCUGCAGGUCAUUCACUAGGUCCCCCCGUGUGGUUCUGGGAUUUUUGCUCACCGUUCUUGUGAUCAUUUUGACCCCACGGGGUGAGAUCUUGCGUGGAGCCCCAGAUCGAGGGAGAUUAUCAGUGGACAGGUGUCUUUUAUACUGAUAACAAGUUCAAACAGGUGCCAUUUAAUACAGGUAACGAGUGGAGGACAGAGGAGCCUCUUAAAGAAGAAGUUACAGGUCUGUGAGAGCCAGAAAUCUUGCUUGUUUGUAGGUGACCAAAUACUUAUUUUCCACCCUAAUUUGCAAAUAAAUUCAUUAAAAAUCCUACAAUGUGAUUUUCUGGAUUUUUCCCCCUCAAUUUGUCUGUCAUAGGCUCAAAGAAUUCCUCACAGAGGUAUCUACUGUAAGUGUGGGGUUGACAAAGAUUUGCCGCUCUGAAAUAAUAAUAAUACGUUUGUAUGUUCGUGACUGUGUACAUGCUUGUGUGUCCGCAUGAGAAAGUGAGAUUGAUUGUAGUGUUUGGCCUUCGCAGGGCUGUAAUUGCAGCAGAUGUGUAACGUGUGAAGGGUGGUUAGCCAGAGAGCCUGUCAGGAGUGUAGCCUAAGCACUCUCUGCUGACAGCUCUCCUGCCUCAACAACUCUGUGUCAGAAACAGAGGAGUGUUGUGAUGAGAAGCCUUGUUGCAGUCCCCUGUUCUGUUCAUUAACUGGGCUGACAGGUUUAAGAAACAGCCCGGGCUAGGGAGGAGAGGAAAGGAGGGGAGCAGCCUCCCUGCUGCUCCCAUCAUCAUCUGGUUCAAUAUACUGGUUGGUUUACUCACUGCACUUAUCAUGUCAGUUGUCUCCUGUCUCAGCCAACUAAGAUGCCAGUUUUACAGCAAAUUCUGACAUUGACAAUAUUGCUCUAUGCUUUAGAAAACUGUUGUUGUCAGAUGGAUGACUAACUCAUCCUCAAGGUAUCACAAACUUGUUCUUUAGGGUAAUAUAUGACUUGGAUGGAGAGGAAAGAGUGGCUUCUGAUCAGCAGAUUGGGCCUCGACUCUGCGCCAACAUAUUUGAUAGAAAAUACGUUUUGUUUUCAUGAACAUUUUUAAUAUUACCGAUGGAUUGGUCUUUUGUCCAACUUCAAAAUUAUGGUAAUUCUUUACACAGAAAUCAUAGGAUUCAUGAGUGGUUUUUCUCUGUCUAAAGAUAACAUCACUGCUAAAAUGGGAGGUGAAUCUGCAUAUUCAAGUCCCACUGUUGCCAUGGAAAGCGUUGUCUGUCAAUCACCCUUUCCAUUUACCCACUACAAAACAGGAGCUGGCUCUUCACAGGGAGGCCUGGCUCAAUCUGCAUUUCAAAAGAGCAUGGAAAACAGACAAGAAAUCUGAGCAGGUCAUACAUUAUAGAAACGGCAUGAAGUGUACGUAUGCAAAUCUGUGUCUCUCAUUUCAUGUCUUCUUGAUAAGGUUUGUUAGGGCUGGAUUAUUUUGGUUAAAUCCCAGACUUAGUAUUGGUACUUUAGAGUUCUGGCCGUAAGCAGAUCCUCAGACGCUUGGCUGUCCAAGUCCAUGUGGGGAGACGUAGACUGUCAAGAAGUCAUGUGAAUUCCCCCAUCAAAGCUGUGAAACGGAGCAUCUGCUUAAGACAUCUGAAGGCUCCCCUUAGGAUGGGGCUUUUUGAAAAGUGGUGGGAGGAGAGAGAGAAGAAAGCAAAGAGAUUCCAUAUGUGUGUGUGUGCAUACGUUAGUGUAAUGUCACUUUUGAUGAUGAUACCAAAGUAGUUGUAUCUCUCGCUCUCUCUCUCUCUCACACUCACUCACUCACUGGGUGAUGUGACUAGGGAAUGUUCCAUUAGCCACCUUUUAGCUUUCUCAAGGUGGUGUGAAUGUAUACAUGGCAAGGGUGCUAAGUCUGUGCAUUAGCAUGUUUGUAAUUCUCAGACUCCCUAUCACAGAGCUCAUACAUUUUUGAUGAUAAAAGCUGGACUGGGCCCAUUAUUCUUUAUUUAGAUCUGUCAGGCAACUAGAUCCGGUCUGAGCCGGCCCAGAUGGGACAAAGCCCUACAAUACAAAAUGUUUAAUACCACCAUACAACAAUAUCACAAUGUGUGCGUAUGCAUGCGUCUAUACCCUUGUGUGUGUCUCUUCACAGUCCCAGUUGUUCCAUAAGGUGUAUUUUUACCUGUUUUUAAUAUCUGAUUCUACUGCUUGCAUCAGUUACCUGAUGUGGAAUAGAGUUCCAUGUAGCCAUGGCUCUAUGUAGUACUGUGCGCCUCCCAUAGUCUGUUCUGGACAUGGGGACUGUGAAGAGACCUCUGGUGGCAUGUCUUGUGGGGUAUGCAUGGGUUUCCGAGCUGUGUGAUAGUAGUUUAAACAGACGGCUCGGUACAUUCAGCUUGUCAACACCUCUUACAAAAACAAGCAGUGAUGAAGUCAAUCUCUCUUCCACUCUGAACCAGGAGAAACUGACAUGCAUGUCAUUAAUGUUAGCUCUCCGUGUACUUUAAAGGGCCAGUCGUGCUGCCCUGUUCUGAGCUUCACUUGCUGCCCAAGUCCCUCUUUGUGGCACCUGACCACACUACUGAACAGUAGUCUAGGUGCGACAAAACUAGGGCCUGUAAUUAAUUAUGGACAUACUUCUCCCCAUCUUAGCUACUGUUGUAUCAAUAUGCUUUGACCAUGACAGUCUACAAUCCAGGGUUACUCCAAGCAGUUUAGUCUCCUCAACUUGCUCAAUUUCCACAUUAUUCACUCUACUGUAGGACUGUUUGUUUAUCAUUUAUUUGAAGGCUGUCCUUGACCUGUCCCUCUUCCUCCUCCCUCUCUGCAGGGCCUGGCCCUCAUAGCCUUCAUCUGCAUAGAGACCAUCAUGCUGUGCCUACCCUGUGGAGGGGUCUACGUCUUUGAGUUUGUCAGCUGCAGUGCCUUUGUAGUCACCGGCGUCCUCCUCCUCAUCUUCAGCCUCAGUCUGCACACCAAAGUGCCCCAAGUCAACUGGAGCCUGACGGUGUGUAUACCACCAACACACACUGACCAAUCACAUCCUCUUACUGGAGGCAAGAGUCUGGUUCAGAUGUCAAUAAGCCAAUAGGCGGGUCUUCUGGAGGACUUAAAGGGUUGGUCUCUUUGUUUUGAGACUAAAGUUGUGACUAGUUUAAAUAGUGUUAUUACAUAGGUAUAAGAGCAACUUCACAAAGUAUUAACACCUUUGAUAAAAUAAAAGUUGAACUGAGGGUAAACUGAAUUUGCUGAAAGUGCAUUUGCCUAUAAAAUGUGGGUGAGAAUGAGUUUUAAAAAUGCAGUCAUAGAAAAUGUUAGUAGUGGGUAUUCUCCAAUCCAACAUGUGCCCCUUUGACUAUUUGCCUACAAACACACAUCGUUAGAGCGUUGGGUCCGGUACAGUAUGUGUUACAGACGGAAAUGGAAACGCUGCUCUUUGCUUUAUUUCCAGAGCACACUUUAUACCAGAAAGAGUAAUAGAUGUUGAGUUAAAGUGGUUUAAAUCCAACUAUAACUAUCGUAUUGCAUGGUAUACUUAGUACUAUGUGUUUUACCUCAAACAGGCAUACAGGGGUGUGCCUUUGGCUUUUACUGUUGGCCAAGUGAAGCAAAAUGAAGCAGGGUUUUUAUAUAUUGUUUUAAAUAGGCCUUAUGUGUUUUUCUCCUUAGGCCCAAUGGUUUUGGGCUAUGCAGGACCCUUCAAAGAGAUGGAAACACUGCACCAUGUCAACACAACAUAUGGCUAUCUUUGUAUCUCUAUAGUUCGGUACCUUCCAUAUGUCCAUAUCUCACUGAAAUAUAUAAAUGUCUGUGAAUGUGAUGUCAUAACUUCUUUAUUUUUAGUUUAUGCACAUUGUUUGUGUGAGGAAACAAAAGUCAUUUGGUGUGUUUAUGCCAGUGUGCCUUUGGGGGUGGGUGGUUGAAAUGUCUGUUAUGUGUAUUUUUUUGAGUCAGAGGCUGUUGCUUUGUGUGCAUAUGUGUGUUUGGUUGUGGCUUAAAGGGAGCUGUUGCCGUCUCCAGGGCUCGUAUUGGCUCUAGAGUGGAGUAGCGGACUUAUCCUCAGCAUAGUGGCCCGUUUUCCCUUCAUUGUAUUUAUAUCUGUGACAUUCAAGGUGAGUUGGGCCCCAGGAAUCUUUACAUGACACAGCAGUUUUGACUGAGUGUAAACCAAGAAAGUCAUUCUCCGAACACACCAGUGACACUGAAAUUACUCCUUUGUGGAGCUGACUUAUAAAUGUGGAAAACGUCUUAGAGGAAGGUCUGUUCUUCUAAUUAUGUGCUAUUUGAUCCUGUCAUCUCAAACCUGUGCUCGAUGAUAUGUUUGGUAAAGCUCUAUUGCUGUCUUGGGAAUAUAGGGGAGCUAUUUCCUCACCUAAAAAAAUGAGCACAGCCUUGGGCUUUAUCAUAAAGCUCUCUGAGGUAACCUUUACAUAAAGUUGGUGAGUGAAGGCUCCUGGAAAUGUCACAUUUGGUUAGAGGUCAAUUUGGUUAUUCAGAUACAUUGUUGGCGCUAGCUAAGGGGAGUGAGUUCAGUAUUAUGAGUGUUAUUUUUCUCUCCCUGCCCCCAGCGAUCUGUGUGAUGCCGUGUCUCUGGGUUUGGGUGGUGUUGAUCUGUCUUGUGCUGCCAGAGACUGGCUCUCUUUUUGUGGUGUAGCCACAACGGCCAUACAUUGUCUCAAAGCUGGCUGGCUCUGUUGUCUCUCCACACAAAGGCUUUCAAAUUACCAACUGCCAUGCCAGGGAGUGCCGGCACAGAGAAGAGUGACCACAAACACAGGCACUGCCAGUUUUCAAUGUGGGCGAGUGCUGGCCCAAUGAAUGCUGGGAAAAAGUUUUGCUCAGAAAUGAGGAGGCUGGGAACAGAAAUCUCAGUACAUGCAUGAGUGGAAUGGCAGCCUAUGGGAGAACCUGAAGUGGCCUCUUGACUGGAUCUUUGAGAAUGUGCCAAGUAGAGUCUCCCCUCUGAGUGUGAGAACAUAUGCUGACCUGGUUUGCAGGUUAUCCCCUCUCACUUUACUGCAGAUCCUGCUAUGCCAGCUCCUUAUGGAAAUCAGGCAGUGUAUUGGCUUGAGUGGAGCGACGGUUUCUGUUUUGAUAGAUGACCCUGUGGCAAAUCACAAGCAACAUGUUAUUUAUUUACUUUGCUGACUAAUGAUUAAACACGAUAUACAGUGCAUUCCUCUUGCAGAUGUAGCUGCAUGGUUUAUUUUCCUUGAAUCUUGGCAUCUGUUGAAAUAGUGUGCAAUGCCAUCCUGUUUGUGUGUGCAUUAGUAGUUUCCGCUGUUUGUUCCAAAGCACGUCUCUGUCAGACUCCACACUGUUUUACCUAGCAGGGUCCAUCCCUCCCCCUACACGUUUAAUCCAACUGCCAAUCAGGGUUUGCUAUUGUGAUUAAUCGGUUGUGCUCGCAGAGCCUUCCUCUCUCACGUUCUAUUUAUUUUCACUCAAAAUUAUCUCAGAGGGGGGUCCAGGAAAAGUUUUUUACUGCAGUUCUUUUAGCCCUGUAUUUUGCCACCCAAGCAGAAGACAUGCAAUAAUUAUGUUGAUCUUUUUAUUGAUUUUAUACCCCCCCCAAAAAGACUGUUGAACUGACUGUAUUCUGCAAUGUGUUUUUGGUAACUCUUCUUCCGUGAAGUCUACACGCACUUCAGAGAGUUUGUCUGGAUAUGCGUGCUUCCUGUUGCCUUGAUCCUUGUCUAAAUCAGCAUAAACACGCAGCUGAAAACAUUUGGUAGAGCCAUUUUGAAGGGGAUGUAGCUACUGGAGCCUCGACAGCCCUCCUCGGUGAAAGACCACUCCUAGCACACACACACACACUUUCUUGGCUUCCAAAGAGUGAGUCCCUGACUGCUCUGCCAAAUGCUGAGCAUGCUGACAUCUCCCCCUCUCCCAGAGAAGCCAGUAAGUCUAAGCGGCCUGCCUGCCUCUCAGCCUCGGGGCUCAGGGUGGAGGAGGGCUUGGAGAAGUGUGUCGCUCUGCAGAGAGAGAGAGAGAGAAAGCGAGAGGCAGCGGUUUGACUGGGGUAUUUAAAGGCAGGCGCUCCAUCUUUUGCUGCUGCUUUACAAACCGUUGCUGUGCAUGUGGAAAUGUUUUCUCCCAGAGACUAUUGUGCUGGGGUGAGCUGGAUCUGGGGUGAGCUGGAUCUGGGAUGUGUGGUAGAGGGAGCGUGGCAGUAUUGACGCUGAGAAAUCAGUCCUGUAACACCAGUUGGACCAGUGUAUGCUGUGCUGUUACUAUGAUGUUGGUGGUGUGUCCAGUGGGAGAUCCAGCUCUACAAGAUAGCCUAGCACUGCAGUAGGAACGCUUCCAUUAAACACAUCAGACAGCUUAAACCCCAGGAUAAACAGCACUUUUCACAGUUUUACACCCCACUGAAUACUGUUUGGUUUCUCUUCACACAUCUUGCCAAACAGAUCACACACAGACACACUCUGUAUACCUGCCACACAUACAGACAGGGAGUGAGGCACUAGGGUUGAUUUGCACUACAUCUGAAGCCAAGUGUAAGACUCAGGCUUGAUUUGUCUCUGAUUUCCAGCAUAUGUGUGGUUUGGUGGUCUGAGCUGUACAUGUGUGUUGGUGCAAAAAAGGGAGACUUGAGUCUGGUUUGGCCAGUUUUCCAGUUUUGAGGGUCUCACUUGGCUAGUGCUAAGUCUUGAGUCUGGUUUGGCCAGUCAGUCUGUGGGGGAGAGUUGGUGUCAUGUGAGACGAUGUGGGUUAUGACUCCCAUCAUUCAAGAAUUCACAUGGGGGGCCUUGCCCCAGUCAUGCUGAAACAUUUAUUAACCAUACACUGAAUGACUGGUCAGCCAGCCAGAACAGCACAUCCUGAAAGCUCACUGUGACACAGUGUCCUAUGUUCAUGUGAAUAAUCAGGUCCUUGUACUAGGACCUUCAGUGAUUGGCUUCAGCGCCAAUUACUAUCAACAGACAACAAGAGAGCAGCACAAACAAUUCCAAACAUUCAGAUAGCUGAUGGAUUGACAAGUAUGACAAUGAUGUGGGUUACAGAGACUCUUAAAUAUUCUACUUUAAUAUGACUGAAACUCUAAAUAUGUUACUUAAAAAUUACAAUUCUGAAAUACAACAUGAGCAUGUGUGUCUACAUUAGUAUGGGAAUGAUGGAUUUGAGUGAAAAUAUAAAGUUUCUUUACUGAUGUACCAUAGAGGCUAUACUCUAUAUAGAUACACAAUUCUCCCCUAAUGGGAUUCCUUUUCUUUUCAAACGCACGGUGAAAGAACAGCAGACGUGGUCCUCUGUAGCUCAGCUGGUAGAGCACGGCGCUUGUAACGCCAAGGUAGUGGGUUCGAUCCCCGGGACCACCCAUACACAAAAAUGUAUGCACACAUGACUGUAAGUCGCUUUGGAUAAAAGCGUCUGCUAAAUGGCAUAUUAUUAUUAUUAUUAUUAUUAUUAUUAUGAUACUGUAUUCCCAGUGCUAGAUCAAAGGUAGGUCUCUGCCUUGUGUUGGCUCAGUAAUGUGAAACGUGAGGUGCCAGUCAGUGGUAAGGCGUGCUUCUUUGAAGGUUCAGUUCCAUGUUACCCCCUGCAGAUUUAAAACCCAGACAUAAUGAAAUAUCUGGGUCUCUCGCUGUAGCCUAUGAGCAGUGUUCAGGAGGAGAACGUUUUCAAUGCUUAAGGUAUCCUCCGGCUCCAUGAUAUUUUACAUGAACUUUCGAAACACGGAGGCGUCAGAGUGAUUGUGCUAUCGCCAUUUUACGCUCCCUGUCUGCUGUUCAUAAGAACUGCAUCCUGCCCAAUAAAAGACCCAAGCCUCAGGCCACCCUUCUCUCAUCUCUCUCCAUCCAUCUAUCCACCCGUCUGUCACUCUCUCCCUUUAGAGCUGGACACCACAGAGUUACCGCUUUCUAUUGGAUCAAAAACAUGGUGGGAAAAAAUGUGUUUUCAGACCACUAGAUGGGUAGCUAUUCUUGUUAUCUGUUUGUUUGUUGUUGUUGGGGGAAACAUUGACAUUUCUUAUAAAUAAUUGCUUGAUGAGUGAUCUGAAGUACCUUUGAGAAACACUGCUGUUUUUUUGUUUUCUUUUUGGGUGGGGAUGGUUUUUAAAGAUGUUUUAACAUAUGACCCUAAAACAUUACUCAACAUUGUCUCUGCACAACAUGGUGAGAAAAGCUAUUACUAACUCCUUGCUACUUACAAUAUGUACAGUAACUAUCAGUCUAAACAUUACCUGUUAAUUAAUAUGCAUUGGUCUGUCUGUCUGUCCCUACAGGACCUGGUCAACACUGCAGCCAGCACCUUCUUCUUCUUCCUGGCUUCUGUGGUCCUGGCUGCUCUCAACCACAAGUCUGGAGCCGAGAUCGCAGCAGUGGUGAGUUCCCCGUCCCGCCCCACUGCAUCCUCAUCCUGGUCACUCCCUGUGACCCCUGACCUGGGCCUUCUCAGAGUGACCACCCUGUUUAUUAGUCUGUCUCAGAUGUACACCACUGAAACAUGGGCUGAGGUCUGGACUUUCUCCUCUCUCCCCCUCAUCCUCCCUUCCCUACUCCCCUCUCUCUGUGAAAGGGUUAUUUGAUCCAUUAUUGUGCUACGCUAAGAACAAUGGCUGGUGUUACAUGACCCACUGGAUUUCUGUUGUUUGAAGAGUAGCCUAUAUGCAUCUAAAAUAUACAUCAAAGACCUUUACUACAAAAUGUAAUGUUCAGAAAUAUGUUCAAUAAUCAAAUCGAAUGCAAGACAUUUAGCUAUUAGCCUCCUUGAAGUUCUUCUGUUGAAUUUUCUGUUUAACAGAUUCUUUGUCUUGUCACAUUAUACUGCAUUUCCUGUUAACUGCUGCCUCCCUGUGGAAGGUAGCCUGAACUGCAUUUUAUUUAUUUUAUUUUAUUUCACCUUUAUUUAACCAGGUAAGCCAGUUGAGAACAAGUUCUCAUUUACAACUGCGACCUGGCCAAGAUAAAGCAAAGCAGUGCGAUAAAAACAACAACACAGAGUUACAUAUGGGGUAAAAAAAACAUAAGGUCAUAAAAUACAACAGAAAAUAUAUAUACAGUGUGUGCAAAUGUAGCAAGUUAUGGUAAGGCAAUUUCGCCAAGUCAAUAUGGAAUUUCCUCCCCACCUACAGUAUAAUAAAGCCAAAAUAGAAUUGCUGCCACAUCAAUCUGCCUGACAGUGUGAGAGAUUUGAGGAUCAGUUGGCCAGGCUGUAAUUGGCCAGACCAGGGGUAAAGUGUUGCUGUUCAGGGGAGUGCUGAGAGCUUGAUGAUGUGUGAGCAGAGCCACAGUGAAUGCUCAUGGCUCCAUUGGCCACCCUGCUGCUGCCACAUCCACACUAUUUACUGACUCAGUCCCUCCCUGGAGGUUAUGAGCUGAUUUCUGAUUCCUGUCAUGUCAGCUCUGAGCCGGUGACAUGGACGUUUACUCUGGAGUUCAGCCCUAAUCUCCUCGUUGGAGAGAGAGAGAUCACAACUCAUUGGUUUCUCUCACUCUCUCUCUCUGUUUCACUCUCUCUUUCACUCUUUCUUUCGCUUUCUUUCUCAGUCUCUUUCUCUUUGACUAUUAACCCUCUUUGUAACCCUCAACCUCAUUUUGAGGUCUCUCCCCCUCAUUCUCUGCACCGCUCAUUGCAUUGUCUGGGCAAAGCUUGCUUGUUUCCUUACACAUAAGAAAGCAUGCACGUCCUCACACACACUGCUGGUCCUUUGAUUCCUGUGGUUGUGCAUGAGGCUGGAUCAGCAGAACUGUGUACUACGGGCGCCCAGCCGGUGGUCUGGGGAUUUGUGCUGAGUCGUUUAUGGUACAGAUGUUCUCAGCAGGAAGUUUCUAUUAAACAUCCUGGGCUUUUUCAGGCCUGGAGGGGGCCUGUUAAAUCCCUGGGCUCUCCUCCUGGGGAGAGAUGGAGGGAGUUGUGGGAGGGGUGUAUUUGUUGAAUUCCACUCUGUCUAUUUCUUUAGGGGUGUAUACUACAUAAAGGGCUGCGAUUUGGAGAGAGAUUAGACACUUUGUGUUACUGUUUAAUCAGCUAAAUGUCUUGCUGUUAUUAUACAGUAGUCCCUAUUUGAAAUGUAUUUACUGCUGGGAAUAUUAGGAAGGACUGGAGGGAGGUGUCAUUUCCUCCUGUACUACUUGGAAACCUACAUUUAUUUUAAGUUCAUAGUAACAGAAAUUCUGUUGUUUUGAAUCAUAUUCCUGUAACUUCCUGUGCAGAUAUUUGGCUUCCUGGUGACGUGUGUAUACGCUGUGAACACCUUCCUGGCGGUGAAAAGGUGGCGUAUAGGUGACGGGCGCUCAGUGGCGGUCCAGACCAGUGAGUACAUGCGAGCCCGCACUGCCUCCCGGGGAGAGAUGGAGGCACGGCCUGACCUGGCCUGA